UAUGUGUUGGUUUUAUGUCAAAAUGACUAUUUCACAGCAACUAGUCCAUAGAAAUGGGAAAAUCGAAGACGUACUCAGUAGGCACAGACACUGCAAACUGAAAACAUCGUUAGGAGGCCGCAUUCGAAUUUUCAUACUAUAUACAUAUUUUUUUGAAAAAAAAAAAAAAAAAAAAAAAAAAUUUAAAAUCAAAACCGAAUUCAUCGAAACCGUUGAAACGCAUUAAAAUUCGGAUUUGGAUCGAACAACGUCAACGCCAUCCAUCGCAUCGCAUUUUUCAUACGAUCAAUCAAUUUGCAUUUGUUGCGACAAGAAAAACAAAAAUAUAACUGUUAACUAAAAAUUGCAAUCGUAUUCAAUUCCAAUUGCACAUACAUAUAUACACGUCUACGCCGUAUUACGAACGAUACGUCCACAUUUUUGAAUCACGACCACAUUCGAAGACCUGUGUGGCUGCCAAAGAGCAGAAAAAUAGACAAACACACGUAUUCGUACACACGGCGAACCGAACAUCCAAAACCGAACGCAGAACAAAAAACCCACAUCGCACACCGAAUAAUUCGCCAGCAUACCGUGCUAAUCGACUACAGAUCAUUGUCAACAAACACGAAAAUUUCGUUCUCGAAUUUAAAUUCUGAGAGAGUGUGGCUACUGCGGCGCGACGACAGUAUCAAAUACAGUAUAUCACUGUGCCCAUGUGAAUUGGUUGGAUGUAAUCAGUGUAGUUGUGUAUCCGUGUGUCCGUGUCGUGUGUAUGUGUGUAUCACACCGUUGCAAUCGCGCGGUACACAUCCAUUGGUGUGUGCGUUCGAUUGUGUGCCAGUGUUUCAGUGUGAACGAAUACCGAGCAUGGAACAUUGAUAGAGCUCUGUACAUCAUUCGGUUCGCAUACGGUGUGUGAAUGUUCGCACGAACAGAAGCAAAACGACAGCGAGUGGAGCAACAGAGUGACAACAGCAUACAGAAUUUCUCUACUGUACAUUAAGUAUCUGCCUGCUUUCUACUCUUCACAAUCACGACGUUCGACCGAAACAGUCGAAGAACGGAGACGGACGGGCAAUUGUAUUGGUUGUUGAAGUGUGAACCGUGUGUGAAGUAAAGUGUAUGUGUAUGUGUGAGUGCGCGCUAUUCAAUAUACACAAUUUCUGAAUAUGCUCAAGGUGUUUCACAUACGAGAGUAUAGCGAAAAAUUUAUCCAAAGCUAGGCUCAUCGAUGUAUGUGACAAUUUUUACGUUCGGUUCGGAUCUUAAACAACGUUUUUAAUUUCGCCUUUUUUUAUGGUUUAUUUGCGAUAAUGGAAAUACCAAAAAUCCCAUCGAAACUAUUCACAUUCUCAUCGAUCGACCUUAAGGAUGAUAAUGAAGAGAAAUACGAACGCUCAUAUCAACACAUACAACAGUUAACAGCAAAUCUAAACGAUAAGGAAUAUCAUGAUUUACUCAGCAAUCUAAUAUCCAAGAAUGAAAAGAACCACGAAGAGGUAUCGAUUGCGUUAAUCUAUCAAAUAUUGACCGAUCCUAAUGCAGCGGCCAAAGCGUAUCGUGAUUUAACGCUGCUCACCCGAGAUGGCUUGACAUUUGUCACAAAUAGUUUGUCAAUGCUGAUUGCCGAUAAGUAUACAAAAUUUUCGGAUGUGGCACGACGGCAAAUGCUAUGGUUGUUACGUGAAUUGAUCAAAAAUCAGGUGCUGAAUGUGGAUUCAAUCGUAUGGAAUGUGCUGCGACAGGCGGGUGCUGGUGAUUUGUCACCAAAGAAUUUAGCUUUAAUUGAUGGCUUAUUGGACAUUCUAAUCGAACAUCGGCAAUGGCUUGACAAACAUGGGUUCCUAAUCAGUGCCGUUGUCUAUACAUAUGUACGCUUAAUUGAGGACCAUCACAGCAUUGGCCUGGCAAAUUUACGAAAUAAAGAAGUGAAAUUUGUCAUUGCCUUGAUUCGCGACCGAUUCAAUGACGUCGUUCAAAUUGGACGCGAUUUUGUGCGGCUACUACAGAAUGUGGCACGCAUUCCCGAAUUCGAGCAAUUGUGGAAAGAUAUUUUACUGAAUCCAAAGACUUUAUCGCCAACAUUUACGGGCAUUUGGCAAUUUUUGCAGACACGCACCAGCCGACGCUAUUUCCAAUGUCGGCUCACACCGGAAAUCGAACGGAAAAUACACUUUUUGACGAAUAGCGUCAAAUUUGGGCAACACAAACGCUACCAAGAUUGGUUUCAAGACAAAUACUUUACAACACCCGAAUCUCAAAGUUUACGCUCCGAUUUGAUUCGCUUCAUCAUCAACGUGAUUCAUCCGACCAACGAUAUGCUUUGCUCCGACGUUACGCCACGAUGGGCCAUCAUUGGCUGGCUGCUCACGUCGUGUACGAAUCCAAUCGUAUUGGCAAAUGCAAAACUCGCACUUUUCUACGAUUGGCUGUUCUUCGAUCCCAUCAAAGACAAUAUUAUGAAUGUCGAACCCGGCAUUUUGGUUAUGUACCAUUCGAUACGUACGCAUCCAUUUGUCAGCAGCUCAUUGUUGGACUUUCUGUGUCGCAUAAUCAAAAACUUUUCACCAAAACAUGAGGAUAAAAUACGGUCGGGAGUUUACAAUUCGCUACGGAAGAUUCUGGAAAAACAGGUUAUACCAAAUUUGCAACCACUUUUUGAAUCGCCCAAAUUGGAUCGAGAGCUGAAGACUUUGGUGCGAGAUACUUUCCGUGAAUUUUGCAGUGGGCCACCAAAUGACAUCCCAUCGGAUAUUCCGAGUCAGUUCAACAUCGGUGACGACGGUCGACCUGCAAUCAAUAAUUUUGGCAACGAAAACGAUACACGACCAACGCUCCAUCGCUUCGAUAGCUCAAGUGACAACGAAGUGGAAGGCAAAUUCAGUGACGAUGAAGACGAAAAGGAAAGCGCAAUCAAACACGAUGAAACCGAUGACGAUGACGAUUUGCCACUGUCAAAGGUGCGACUCAAAGAGAAACCAAUACCAGAGAAAGUGCAAUUACCCGCAGCGAUAAAUAAUUCAUUUGAAAAGUUUUCAAAAUCUAAAACCAGCAGUACCUUUGAAGUAUUUUUGAACGAUCUGCGAACGUGUACGAGUAAUUUGGACAAUGACCAAGAAACAUAUUUGGUGGAUACAAUGGUGACAACGAUCAAAGACACAUUGCCCGCAACACUGUCGACAAUAUUUCCGGAAACGAAAAGCGAUGAAAAAGUGCUGGCACAAUCGAUUGGCUACCCAUUGUUCAGUAUCUACAAAGUGAUGUACCAGCACGAGGAAAAGUGCAAAAAGUGUUUUAAUAAUAUCAUUAAGCUAGUGUUCAAUAAAUUGCCAAUGAUAGGCUACACAAUACUGUACUUCUUGAAAGUGCACACCAAACUGCAAUCACGAAAGAAUCCAAACAGUAAUGUUGCAUUCAAAACUAGCUUAUACAAAACCGUAUGUGAUUACUUAGAUAAAAAAUUGGACGAUCAAUUGGUCAACGAUUUGGAGACACUGGAAAUUGAACGGACAAGCAUAUUUUUAUGGUUACUACCCGAUAUAUACCGUGAAUUCAAUUCGAUCAUGAUUAACAAUAAGGAUGUGCUAAAACUCGUAGUCAGCUGCAUUGAUUCGAAGAAUCAGCGUGAUAUUAUCUAUAGUAUAACGCAAGGGAAAUUGACCAUGUUCAAGAAUGAUGGGAUUUUGGAGUGUGUACGCGAAAGUCUCAGCUAUGAAACAUUUGAGCAAGUCUUUUUAUGGCAAUUAGUACAAGCUCACGACGUGCCUAUUGAAUCGUUGCAGAAUAUUUUGCCUGAGCUCGAAUCAUCGAAUCAUUCAGAAGCUUUGACAUACAUGCUCCUUUUGUUGCGAGGCGAGGAACCAACCAAUGAGUUGAUUCGAUUGUUGUUGUGUCGAGAGGCAAAAUCACGUGGUGAUCCAUUUGUUACAUCGGCUCUUAGAUUUUGGUGCCAAGAUUAUGAGGAAAAGUUGUCCGAAUUCAUUGCCAAUCUGUUAAUAUCGAAAUACCAAAACAGUUCACCAAAUAAGCGGAAACGCUCGUUAAAGAAUAACUCGACACAGAACACGGCACCGACAGCGGAACAGCUUCUUUGCCAUCUGGAGCAUUUUCGGCGAAGUUGUCGUCAUGGCAACGGAACUGGUACCGGACUAUACGUACAAGAUGUAAUGCAACGGGCGCUACAGCAAGCUUUUUCAAACAGCAGCGAUAGCACAAAGAAACAAUACACGGACUUAUUUGCAUUAGCAGCGGAGGACGAUACAAGUGGUGUGGGUCGUCGUGGCACAAGCGGUAGAGGUAGAAAGACUGCACCAGCGAAAAAAGAAACAAAUAGCACAAAUAGCAGCAACAAAAAGAAUUCAGAACCAGUAUACAAUUCCAGCGAUGAAUCCAGCGAGGAGGAUUGGUCGAAGCCAAGAAGUGGUAAGCGACGAAAAAAGGCAUUGAGUGAUUCAGACUGACAGCCUAAUUUAAAUAUUGAAUGUGCGUACAUCAUGAUCAAGAACUAAAUCAAUUGAAGCACAACCGCUUCUGUGAGAUCGAAGUCAUUUGUUCUUUCAAGAGAAAAACUGAGAAGAAGACAACAUCAUUUGUCAUAACAUUACAAAUUUCAACCCCGCUUGCCAAGAAGUAUUGAACCAUUUGUGUGUGUUUUUUUUUCACUUUCUCUACAUCCAAUUUGUUUUCAUCAAAUAUAGCUUGUCGAAUUGGACACUUUAUUUUCACCCAUUUACAUUUUGAUGUAUUUUCAUACGGAAGCCAUUUAUUUUACCGAUUGGUACUUAAGGCCAUUGUUGCACACCGGGCACAUAGGUGCUUUAAGUUCAUAUGAUCCGAAUCACAAAUAAAAAAAACCGUAGACUAUCGCCAAUCAGGUAUAAAGUAAGCAUAAUUCACUUACUUUUUACUUACAUCACUCGUUCGGUAAUAAAAAUAAAUCGAAAUUAGUUUAACACAACGAAAAUGCUUCUGCCCCAAUAGAUAGAUACUUUUGUUUUAGUAAAUGAACGUUGAAUGUAGUCCAUCACCUCUCCUCUCCUAUCGGUAUAGCUAGAUUUGAUUGAUGAACACAAAAACCCACAUACACACACCACUACCACCACAACUAUGCUAGUGAAAUAGACACCUCCUUCUCCCUCCCCUCAGCCAAUUUACAUUUCGUGCGCUUAAUCGUUAUAGUUCAGUGUCUCUUAAUUCCGUAAAAAAAUGAAUUAAUUAUUAAUUUAAUUAUUAUUACUAUGAACAUAAGUAAAGAAAAUUUAAUUACAGACAACAAUUUAUACAGUUAAGAACACAAUUUAGGAUUGUAAAUCGAACCUUUUUUCAAUAAUAAGAAAUCAAAUCAACUUUUUUUGGACAACAACAACUAUAAAAAGGAAAAAACAGAAACAAAAAAUCGAUGAACUAGUUAAAAACAAAAAACAUACAGAAAAGCAAGAUUUUUCCAAUAAAAAUAUUUUUAUUGUAAAAUUCAACUGAGAAGAGAAAAAAAAACAGCAAAAGCAACAAUAAAUUCAAUUUGUAAAUUGAA